AAUUGUCCCAUAUUUCUUGUCUUUUGCAGUUUGUCCACUUUCUCUACCUGAGCCACUAGGUGGCAUCCUCUACAACCCUGUAGCCUAGACUGCUUGAAAUAGACACCAAAUAUGCAUAGCUUAUUUGGAAUAUAUAGAAAUUAAACUAAAUACAGUAGACUACCCUACUUAUUUAUGUAAAAAAUCAAUAACAAUAAUCUUGGUUUGCUAUGGAAACAUUUGGUUCAACAGCAACUCUGUUUGCAUCCCAACCCCAUCUUGGGUCAUUGGCCGACUGGAGGAGUCAUUUGGGUGGAUAUAAAUACUGUCUGAGAAAUGCAUGUCCCAGGCUGAUUGGCCUGCUGUGUCACACCUUCAAACCACACCUAAAGGACCCCAUAAAAACACAGAUGGUGCAACAUUCCAGUCACAUAUGGAGGAUUACCCAAUGGUUGUUGUUGUUUGCUAUAUCAGGAACUGUCUCUGCUAGUUUUCUUCCUCGGUAUCCCCGUGCCAUAAGUCCAUCACCAUCACCUACACCUGUCAGGGCAUACUAUCUGAACAUUGAAAUCAUCAAUAGGGUGUUCAAUGACACUCUGCUGGAUACCAGUUCAAAGGACUACAUCAAGAUGAGAAGCGAAGUCAGUGCAGAGCUUAACAAUGUCUAUAAUUGCUCACAAUGUUCUACAAACACAUUCUAUGGUGGUGCUCAGAAAAUGACCUUCAGCAAAGGAUCAGUAAUAGCCACAUGCACUGUAGUGUUCUACACAGCAAAUAUCAAUCAAUAUGUCGUGAAGUUUUUGUUUUUAAAGAGUUUACAAGACAGCCCUCCAGCAGUUCUCCAAAUAAACGCAACUUAUACACAGGAUGCAGUAACACCAUAUCCAGUGCCAACGACCAAACCUACCACUCCUUUUACAAGAACCACAACCCCUGCAACAACUUCCACCACUCCUCUCACUACAACUACAACCCCUGCAACAACUUCCACCACUCCGCUCACUACAACUACAACCCCUGCAACAACUUCCACCACUCCUCUCACUACAACUACAACCCCUGCAACAACUUCCACCACUCCUCUCACUACAACUACAACCCCUGCAACAACUUCCACCACUCCUCUCACUACAACUACAACCCCUGCAACAACUUCCACCACUCCUCUCACUACAACUACAACCCCUGCAACAACUUCCACCACUCCUCUCACUACAACUACAACCCCUGCAACAACUUCCACCACUCUUCUCACUACAACCACAACCCCUGCAACAACUUCCACCACCACUCCUCUCACUACAACUACAACCCCUGCAACAACUUCCACCGCUCCUCUCACUACAACUACAACCCCUGCAACAACUUCCACCACUCCUCUCACUACAACUACAACCCCUGCAACAACUUCCACCUCUCUUCUCGCUACAACCACAACCCCUGCAACAACUUCCACCACUCCUCUCACUACAACUAAAACCCCUGCAACAACUUCCACCACUCUUCUCACUACAACCACAACCCCUGCAACAACUUCCACCACUCCUCUCACUACAACCACAACCCCUGCAACAACUUCCACCACUCCUCUCACUACAACCACCACCCCUGCAACAACUUCUAACGCUCCUCUCACUGCCACUACAACUUCUACAACAAUUUUGCCUAAUACAGCCCCACAUAUUGUCCCAACAACUACAAUAAACAUAACCCCAAACAUUUCCACUCCCAACAUGACAUCAACAACGACUACAAAAAAUGUGAUUAAUUCUUCAACAACAGCUUUAAACACUGUAGAUCCCUCUUUGGAAAAUACUACUCAGGGAGCCAAUACCACUACAAUGAGCACCUUACCUUUUGUUACCAGUAAACCAAGUGGAAAGAAUAAUAAUACUAAACCUUCAGCAAAGCCUACCCCAGGCACAGACUCAA